AUGAGCGCUAACUUAAUAGCACUUAUCUCCAAGCGUAAUACGGAACAGUCACUCUUCCUUCGACUACCUGGCGAGUUGCGCAAUAAGAUUUACGCCCACGUCCUCGCAGGUAUGGAAUACCGCGUCGAGAACUACAACGGCCUUUGCGGCAAGGUCAGCUGGAAGAAAGCAAACUACUAUAACGAGAACAAAGACAGCUACAAAGUCAAAAAGUAUCGGCUGGCCAUGGUCCGCACGUGCCGUCAGAUCCAUGAGGAAACCAAGACUAUCCACGCCGGACUCAGCACAUUUCACUUUACCGUCGCCUGGAUGAUGGUGAAUUGGACGAUCCCGCAAGGAACAACCUCAGUCGUUGUCCACGAUACACUACCAUUUGAUAACGCUUUGCGGCCCCUUGGCACGAGCAUGUCAAGUAUCAGAGAUUUUGCAGCGGCGUAUGUUUUCUGGGGUGAUGCGACUACAGUCACAGCUCUUCGCCUGCAAAUGGUGUGUCGGCUUCCUCACCAUCUACGCAAUGUCGGACGUGACGACUUGAGGAGCAUAGCGACGCCGUGCGUUCAACAGUGGGUGCAGGGAGUGCGUGAGGAGGUUGGCGCUGUCAAGGCUGGGGUGAUUGUCACUGCUAGGCUUACCUAUCGGAGUGAGGAGCUCUUCACUCUCUAG